AUGGAAUUGCCGGACGUAUACUAUUGCAAAGCCAAGUAUAUCGAGACUGCCAGUGGGAACAAAGUAAGCCGACAAUCUGUGCUUUGUGGAAGCCAAAACAUCGUGUUGAAUGGUAAAACAAUAAUAAUGUCAGAUUGCAUUAUUCGAGGGGAUUUGGCCAACAUUCGAAUCGGUCGACACUGUGUUAUCAGUCAGAAAGCUGUCAUUCGACCACCAUUCAAGAAGUUCAGCAAGGGUGUCGCUUUUUUUCCACUACACAUCGGCGAUAAUGUGUUCAUCGAGGAGGAUUCCAUUGUGAAUGCGGCUCAGAUAGGUUCUUAUGUUCAUAUUGGAAAGAAUUGUGUGAUUGGUCGCCGUUGCGUACUGAAAGAUGCCUGUGCAAUUAUGGAUAACACGGUUCUACCACCGGAAACUGUAGUCCCACCAUUUAGUGUCUUCGGUGGUUCUCCUGGUCGACAAAUUGCUGAACUUCCCGAGUGUACACCGGAUUUGAUGAUUGACUUGACGCAGGGAUUCUACUUUCACUUUGUCCCGACCAAUGAUCCUGUGAGUGGAUCCUAA